AUGUUCGUGCCCUCCUUCUACGCCCCUCCCUACACAUCUCAUUCCUCCGGAAAUCCAGUUAGAUGUGUCAAGAUCAAGAAAUUGAAGGGUCUUCUCUGUCGCACGCUAAACACAGCCGCCGCGCUGAAGUCAACCACCCCAGUUACGCGGCGCAUUUCUCGCCCUCUUUAUGACCGCAUCUUUUCGGAGCUCUGGUCACCCGAUGGAUUCAAUGUAUACUUGAUGCUUUUCAACUUCUCAGACUCUGUGGGUGGGCAAUUUGCGCUACGAUCUAUUGGCAAACAUCGGCCCCUUGUCGAAAACGACGUAAACUUAGUGUUCUCAUCGUUGCGUCAAAGCAGUGCAAAGGGGCAACUUUGUAUUCAGCCCUCCACAAACAUAGGAACCAACUCCCCAGACACCGAAUCUACGACCUCCAUGUCUUGA